AUGUAUCCAACAAAAGAAUUAAAAACAAGCAAACGAUUUCAUGAUAGACCUUAUCAAGAUUUAACAAAUAAAUUUAACUCGUAUAAUGAUAAAAAGUUUACUGUUCCAAAUGAAACGGAUCAAUGUUUAUCAAAUACAUCAUGUUUAAUUUUUCAGGGAAUAAAUGUUAAACAAUUAGUUAAUCAAUCAAGUGAUCGAUUAGUUUUUUCAAUAGAUAAUGCAUGUUAUGACGAUACAUAA